GCCCCCUCCGCGCGCGCAGUUCCCCGCGGCCGCCGCCGCCUGUAACCUGCGCCGCCAGGAUGUGGCUGGGGGCUGACGUCGGGUCCAGAUGUGGCCCCGGCCCCGCCCACCCCCGGGGCCGGGCCGCCCACACCGAGCCGCGGCGCGCACGGCGGCUGUCCCGCCUGCCACAAUGCGCGGCGAGGCUGCGGCCGCGACUUGGCGAGACAGUCACUAACGUCGCUGCUCGGCAUCCUUAGGACAGGCCGCCUCUGACGCCGCGCGGGGACCCCACGGGCCCGCGCCCCCCAUGCGCUCACUCUUUGGUGCCCGGCCGGGCGGGCGCCUCGCGGACGCGGAGCCGCGCGGGUGACGGCAGAGGCGGCUGCGCGCCUAGCCCAGCCCGCGGAGAGGGCGCGCCGCGCCCCCGCCCCCCGCCCGCUCUCCGGAGGCCGUGGGUGCGGAUGCGCCGCUGACGACUCGCAGCGACCAGCAGUGCCGCCGGCCCGCCGGCCGGAGACCGCAGCAUGGCAGCCGCCGCCUAUGUGGACCACUUCGCCGCCGAGUGCCUCGUGUCCAUGUCGAGCCGCGCGGUUGUGCACGGGCCGCGGGAAGGGCCGGAGCCCGGACCCGAAGGCGCGGCCGCCGCUGUCGCCGCCACGCUGCCCCGCGUCGAGGAGCGCCGCGACGGCAAAGACAGCGCCUCGCUCUUCGUGGUGGCGCGGAUCCUGGCGGACCUCAACCAGCAAGCGCCGGCGCCCGCCCCGGCGGAGCGCAGAGAGGGCGCCGCGGCCCGGAAGGCGAGGACCCCCUGCCGCCUGCCGCCUGCGCCGCCACCCGCCCCCGAGCCCGCCUGCCCCGGCGGCGAAGGUGCGGCGGCCGCGCCCCUCAGCCCCGCGUGGAGCGAGCCCGAGGCCGAGCUCGAGGCGGGGCUGGAGCCCGAGCGGGAGCCAGGGCCCACGGGGAGCGGCGAACCCGGCCUCAGACAAAGGGGCCGGCGGGGCCGAAGUCGCGCCGACCACGAAUCCCCGCAGAGAAAGCACAAGUGCCACUACGCGGGCUGCGAGAAAGUUUACGGGAAAUCCUCGCACCUCAAGGCGCACCUGAGAACUCACACAGGUGAAAGACCCUUCGCCUGCAGCUGGCAGGACUGCAACAAGAAGUUCGCGCGCUCCGACGAGCUGGCCCGGCACUACCGCACGCACACAGGCGAGAAGAAAUUCAGCUGUCCCAUCUGCGAGAAGCGCUUCAUGCGCAGCGACCACCUGACGAAGCACGCACGCCGCCAUGCCAACUUCCACCCGGGCAUGCUGCAGCGGCGCAGCGGGGGCUCACGGACCGGCUCCCUCAGCGACUACAGCCGCUCCGAUGCCAGCAGCCCCACCAUCAGCCCGGCCAGCUCGCCCUGAGCGCGGCCGCAGCCCGACUCAGCACAGCCCCGCCCACCCCUCCGCGGGGCCCCGCCCACCCCUGGCCGGCGAGGACCCUCCGCCCCAACUACAGCCUUGAGCAGAUAUGCUCGCCCUUCCUUUUGUGAUGCCGUGUCUUUUCCUUUUGUAAUGAGAAAGAAAGAACUUUCUGGAGUCAAAACAACAACACAACAAUUUUCUUCACCUCAGGUGUCAAAGUGAAUUUGUAAAAAAACGAAACAAAAAAUUUUCAAAAAACACCAUCCACAAAUUGCACAAUAAACAUACCCACAAAGGUGAGAUUCAGUGGUGUUGAACCCCUCCCCCCCUUUCUCAGGGAUGGACAUGUUCCACGAGGUCAGUGAGGACACCCCCUUCCUGCCGCCUUAUUCUGUACAUAGAUUUGCACUCUGGAGUUUUCUGUUAGGUUCGGGAACACACUGGGGACAAAGACUAAGCAAUGCAGGUGGAGCUCAGUGUCUGGCCCUUGGGUUAGUCCGUCAGUCAUUUCUGAGCGGAUGUGGUCACUGACAUUUGCUUCCAGGCCAGAUUCCUCAGCAGGGGGCCCCAAGUCUCCACGCAGCCGCCAGCCUCUGCCCCAGAAGCCCGGCCAGGCUCAGGACAUAAAUGAUUCAGAGGGAUGCCUUAAGCUGUGCUGGGUGAAAGAAGCACUCCAUCUGGGGAGACCACAGAGGCGCCUCCCCUCUGCGGGGCCCUGCCAGUCUCCCUGUCCCUGCCUCCAGGAGCCUCUCUCUGGGCCUCUCAGCACUGGGAGCAGAGGUGCAAGCCCCAGCCAGUCAGACCACUGCACCAUCCGAAGUCCAAUGCGACAGGUCCCGGGCCACACCUGCCCCACCCUUGGCCUGCCUGAGGCGCAUGCCCUGCACAGGGACACCGGCUAGUUUGUGUCCUGCAGAAGGUACAUGGGGACCUCUCACUUUUAUCAUGUUCUCUGACUGGAAAAUAGAGGCUAGGAAUCCUGGUGUUUUCAAAGAUGUCUGAAAGUGUCUCUGGUGCCUCCAGUUCCUGUGUUCUCCUGGACCCUCCUGCUAUCAAGACACCUUUGUUGGAAACAAUGGGGAAGGUUGUUGGGCCACCUUGCCAGAGGCCCCGUGUGUGUGGUCGUGCAUGCAGCAUCACUCAGUGCUUCACAGAGACAGUUCUGUAGCAAGAGACCGGAACAUUGUGACUUGGAACUUUACGGGAGUGGUGAAGCAGAUGUUAUGGGAAAUGCUGUCAGAGAACGUGCAUUCUGUUUGCUCCCCAGGGAACACCAGACAGAAACUUGUGGGAAAUACUUUGCUCUGACCCACCGUGUUCCCAGCUCAGAAUUAGCAAACCUCCAGCUUCUCCAUGAGCUUUGCACCCCCUGGACUUCUCCCUUUCCCUCCCGUUUCUCCCCUUCUGCCUGGGAGGCCUCAGCCCACACCCUUCCUGUGGCACAUUAGGGCUGUGGGGGCUCCAUCGCCAGCGUUCUCCUGCCAGGGGAGGAGGAGCAGAGAGCUGAGCAGUUUCUCGUGGAGCCCCAACCUUGAGCCCUGGUGAGGCAGUCAGGCUGGGCUCCAGCGUGCUGCUCCUCUGCAGACAUUUGGAGGUUCCACCUGAGUGCUGCCCAGGCACCACCCUUUCCUUCCUCCUGAGAUUUGGGGCCUGUAAAUACAAGCCCCCAGGACAGUGCGUGUGUGUGUAUGUGUGUGUGUGUAUGUGUGUGUUGGGGUGGGGGGUGGGUUUGGGGUGGACUUGGGGUAUCUUGCAGAGACCUCUGCUCAUUUUGGUGAGGAGGAAUGACCCUUGGGACCUCAGAGGGCUGUAGAUGGGCUUCCUGGGCCCAGAGUGCCUUGGUUGUGGCCACCCUGCUUCCACCCUCACCCUGUCACGGCAUGGGGUGCAGCACAGAGAAGCCGUAGACACCCAGGCCUGGCUGGUGCUCACAGCCUGUGGCCGUUGCUUUGGGCCAGCACCUUCUGUCCAUAGUGACCACAAGGGUGGCAGUCUGCUGUUGACAGCACUUGGGUGCCCCUUUCUAACUCCACUGUGUAUCAUCUGGGAUUGACAGGUGGCAUGGUGGUGGCUUCCAAGUAGCAUGUUAGGUACCAGGUUGGGCAGUAGCAUUGUUCUUGCUGUGGGUGGAAGCCAGGCAGAGCCAGGGGAUCAGGUGCAGAGCUCACUGCCCUGGCUGCCGGGCCCUACUCGGGCUGCCUGCUUGCAUUUGGUCUGGGAAAGAGGGUGGAAUAUCCUGUAGAGACCUGGACAGAAGAGCGCCCUGAGUGCUCAGUGUGAAAAAUCCUCCUGCCCAGUUCCAAAGUGAGGCCCGGAAGGUCCUCAGGGGCCCCUCCCAAAGUUGUUUCCGUGUGAGGCAGAGAAAGCCACACUCUGAAUACAUUUCAUGUCUCAGGAACUCACAUUCCAGGUUCAGGAAUUUUAUUCCAAAGUCCUUUGGUGUGCUCACCGUCCACGGGUCCCCGAAGGCAGAGAGAGGAGGCUGUGGGUCUCUGGGAGGCCAAAAUGCUGUCCUCUGGAGGAGCCGGGAGUCUCCUUGUGAUCUGCCUACUGGCAUCUCAGAAGGAGGGUUUCUAACCCCACUUCUGUCUGCACAUAAGAAGGGGAGUAAGGACUCUAAACCCAGUCAUCUUGGAAUAAAAGAAGAGCUGGUUUGUUUUAGAGGUGGGGUGGGGGGUGGGGGAGGGAAAGCGGGUGUUUGCUGUUUCCAAAGAGAGCACUUAAUUUAAUUUUUCCUCUAAAUGACCCAGGGCUGUUCCGUCGGAUAGAUGGAAGGGUAACAUUGCCUUAAAACAGAAAUAUGCAGGCAUUGGCUAUUUUUGGCAAAUGAGUGUGUCUUCGUUCCCAAAGCAGUGCUGGUCUAAUGGCAGGGUGCGGUCCUUCCUCUAGGGGCCUGGCCUGGGAGAUGGGGCACUGCUCUGCUGACUUAGGGCACCUGGAGAGAAUUCCCGCCUGGCACCCCUGGGCACUAGGCCUGGGGCUCCAGUCGGACCAUGCCAACUCAUCUGGGGCUAAAAUUCAUCUCACUUGAAGGGUGGGAAAAAUCCAUGAACCUUGGUGAGGUUUAAAUGGGCUCUCACUGGCAUCUCAUCAUGAAAUGAGUGCUUGUGGAAGGGGGCGGUGGACCUUGGAAAGCUGGCCCCCCUGGGCCUCCGCUGAAAGGGGUGGACCCUCUUGAAACAACCUGCAUUUUCUUCUGAAAUGUAGAAUGUCUUCCCAGCCUGGGUCUGUUUCAGGGUCUUUCAUUUUUCUGGUUUAUGGCCAUGCUUGCCCAGCUUCAGUGUGAUUGAGGAACCCAUAGGACUCCUAGAAAUAAUAGUGAAAACUCAGACCUUUAUUUUGUAGCAGACUUGUUCUCAAAGGCCAAGGGGGCAGAGGUCUCAAGAUGAAGGAUGCCUGAACAAAGGAAGAGUUCCCCUCCAAAAAGUCCUAAAAGGGACCCUGGACCCAACCAUCAGCAGGCUGGUGUUUAGCUCACAUCCCAAAUAAGAAAGCCCCUCUUUGCAUCAGCCAUGUUAGGGGACCAGUUGUUGGCUCCCCAUAUGCCCACUGAAUCCUACAGCCAUCCAGAAAGAAAAAUGAACACAGCAGUUUCCACAAAGGGCCCUGGGUCCUCUUCUGUAGGGUGCUAUGUAGGAACAGGCAGUGAUGCCCUUGAUGGGAAUAUAGUCCUGGAGGUGCCCUACCUGCAUCCCACUACACCCCCACUUAUGGCACUUUGAGGUGCAGGACACCCCCCCACACACACCCUUUAUUCUGAGGCCAUGCAACCGGGCAGGUGCAGGAUUCGCCACGGUGCAGCCUCCAGGUGCAAACAUCAGUGGCAGUGGGGUCCCCAGAUCUCACCAUGCCCUGGCUCUCCGCUCAGACCAGUGGAAGGUGAUUCAGAGAUAGGGACAGACAGGCCACAGGUGGCCCCCAGCCCACUUUUUGGGACAUGAAGAGAGGGCUGGUGGCUUUCUAGGGUCCCAAGAGGAGUGUGGCAGAACUGGGGUCUCCAUUUGAGCCUUCUGCUGCCCAGCCCAGUCUUCAGAAGACCCAACCUCCUUUCUUGCCAGAAGCAGGUGCUAAGGUGGACUGCACAGGAUCCUAGCACUCCUUGGGGACUUCAUCCUCAGCAAGCUGGAGUGCCACCUAACAAGAAAGUGUGAUCUGAGCAAUAGCAUCCCCUUGUUUUCUGACUCCUGAUUUGGGCUUGUUUACCAGGCUACCUGAUGAUUUUGACUUCUGGCAGGUAUCAUGGAUUUUUUUUUUUUAAACCCAUUUUUACAAAGUCAUUCAGUCAAAAACACAGUGCUGGAAGGUUUAAAGUGUCUGAUGUAUUGGUCACAUUGAGACCAGUAAGAAAUGCUUUGUAGGUCACCCACAUCUUUUUUGCUAUCCAAAGAUUGCAUAUGCGAUUCUGGUGGCCAUAUUUUCCAAAGCUAAAAUGGAGGGUGUGGGCUAACACUUUCUGAAUGCAGGGUUGCCCUGGGAAAAGCCUGCUUCUAUGACUGAUAUUCCUCAUUCUAAGGUUAGGUUUCGAAGGUUUGUCCAAGACACAUUCCAGAGAAUUUUGUACCAGAAUUUGGAUGUACAAUCCAGCUUACUACUGAUAAAUGCCUGAGUGUCAUUUAGGGAGAGGCCCCUUCCCCCACCCACUGUCCUGUCCCUCACUGGUUAGAAGAUUGGAUUCGGUGGUGGGAGCUGUGAGCCCCGGAUCCAUGAGGGUAGAGGGGCCAUACCUGGUUUCUUGGUUUCUACUGACCCCCUGUAGCAAUGUUGGACUUGGCAGUGCGUCCAGCUGGCCCUGCCCAGCUUCUCCCUUAUGCAGCUUUAAAACCUUACUACUUUUAUUUAAAGAUGAACAGGAUGGGAGGGGAGUGGACCACAGGAGCAGCUUUCUCCUAGGGCUCAAGGGAAGCUUCCCAGUGACACAUUGACAGGAUGCUGUACACGCUCACUUAGAAACCCAAGUAUGUGUGAGCUGAAUGCCUGCAAGACAGCCGCAGGUCUGGUCAAAGAUUUUCCUUCCCACUCAGAGCACAAGGGCUGGGUGUACCGGCCGGAUCCCUCCCCAGCCUGCCCUCUGUGUGGGGUGAGAGGGUCAUUUCCCAGGGCGGCUCAGACACCACUUGGGGAGCAGUGUGGUGGCCAUUCCUGGUCAGGGUGCCCAUGGGUGGGUGGGUGGCUUCACUCUUUAGUCUCAGCCCGGAGAGUCCAUGUGCCUAGUGCCGGGGAUCCCAAGGGCUCAACGGCGUCAGCACGAGCUAUGCAUUGUGGGGCCUGGGGCUUGCUGUGGUUCCCACAGAACCAGGAAUAACUUGUGUGGAUAUGUUGGGUGCAUGAGUCAGCCACCCCAGACCCACACAAAUGACCCCUUCCCCAUCCAAAGCCAUUGAUGGAGUUUCUCUGGAAUCGUUUGCCAAAAUCCCAAGGCAGAAUCCAAGGGUCCAAGACCAUUUCCAUGGAGCACACAUUUUCCUUUUCUGUAGGAACAUUUUUUUUUUUCUUUUUAAUCAGCACCACACCAUGCUUCCGAAGGCCACGUUUCAUCUUUCCUGGAUCACUACAGUGAAGUAUUACAGUUGUACAGUUCCCAAUCUGGCCUUGGCUUGCUCGGAUAAAACUUUGUAUGUAUUUUGUAUGGCAUAGAUUCUAUAUUGUAAUGAUGUCCUAUGCAAAAAGAAAAAAAAAUUAACUAAAUUGUAAAUUUUAUUGUUUUAACGUGUAUGCAUGUUUAGUGACGUUUACAUUUUGAAAUAAAAUUUAUGAUUCAUUA